GCUCUCUAACUAAACAUAGUAGUACUCCAAUCAAGUUCUAAACCAAACAACGUCGGAUAGACCUUUAUGGAUCAGAACAACAUGCCCUCCAGGAUUAUCGGCAAAGAGUCGCCAAAUUUGAUCCGAUCUCUGCCGGUGGACAGCGUGCAGGUCCUGGCCUCAUCUCUCACUACCUCAGAUCACAUCCCUACAAGAUACAUCCGACCCGAAGCCGAAUCCGAGCCGGUCAUCAUCCCCGGUGACGCUGAGGAAGACGUCCCAGUCAUCGAUUUCCACAAACUACUAGACCAUGAACUCUCCAAGGCCGAGUCCUCCAAGCUCCACCUGGCUUGUCAAAACUGGGGCUUCUUUCAGUUGAUAAACCAUGGUGUUUCCGAGGAGGUGAUUCAGAAGAUGAUGUUUGUGAUUGAAGAGUUCUUCAAGCUUCCAUCAGAUGAGAAGAUGCUAGUUAAGCAGCGUCCUGGCCAAGUUGAUGGUUAUGGCCAGUUGUUUGUUAUCUCUGAGGAACAGAAGUUAGACUGGGCUGACAUUCUCGUCUAUCGUACCUGGCCUCUUCAUUUGAGAAAAAUUGGACUAUGGCCUACAAAUCCAUCUAGUUUCAGGGAUGCUUUGGAUGAGUAUUCCAUGGAGGUGAAGAGAUUGGCGAAUUGUCUUCUUGGACUUAUGGCUACAAACUUAGGAGUUGAUCCUCCAGAGAUAACAGCAAAUUUAGAGAACGGAUCUCAAUCUGUGAGGAUAAACUGCUACCCUCCCUGUCCUGAGGAUAACAAGGUGUUGGGCUUGUCCCCUCACUCUGAUGCUUCUAUUUUAACUCUUGUUCUUCAAGUGAAUGAUGUUCCUGGGCUGCAAAUCAAGAGAAAUGAUAAGUGGCUCCCUGUCAAGCCUCUUCCUGGUGCUUUUGUUGCUAAUGUUGGAGAUGCCUUGGAGAUAAUUAGCAAUGGAAAAUACAAGAGCAUUGAGCACAGGGCAGUCACAAACACACAGAAAGAACGCUUCUCUAUUGCAGUAUUUCAUGGUCCAGAGAGAAAUGGCACAGUGGGACCCCAUCCAGAGCUUGUUUUACAGGGUGAGCCACUCUACAAGAGUAUGGACUUUGAGAGUUAUAUGAAACUCUACCUCACAUCUAAACUAGAUGGAAAGAGCUUCUUGGGUCGCUUGAAACUGAACAAAAUGAUUCCCAGCUUGGUACAAACUUGUUUUACUGGGAUUGGGUUCUGCGUUUUCUUUGAUAAACAUGCAUUUCUAGAUUCUAAAUCCCCAUCUGCUGCUGCAGUGGCCAGAAAUGGAUUGACUGGUCAAUUGAGAAGUGGGCUACAAUUCACGGGCAAAAGCAUCGCCGUAGACAUGACCGCCGGGAACAAUGGUAAAGCGUCGGAGAGGUUGAUGGGAUCUCUGCCAGUGGACAGCGUUCAGGCCCUGGCCGCAUCUCUAACUACCUCAAAUCACAUCCCUACAAGAUACAUCCGACCUGAAGCCGAAUCCGAGCCCGUCAUCAUCUCCUGCGCCGCAGAGGAUGAAAUCCCAGUCAUCGAUUUCUACAAACUACUCGAUCACGAUCUCUCCGACGCCGAGUCCUCCAAGCUCCACCUCGCUUGUCAAAACUGGGGCUUCUUUCAGUUGAUAAACCAUGGUGUUCCAAAGGAGGUGAUUCAGAAGAUGAUGUUAGUGAUUGAAGAGUUCUUCAAGCUUCCAUUAGAUGAGAAGAUGCUGUUCAAGCAGCCUCCUGGCCAACUUGAUGGUUAUGGUCAGUUGUUUGUUAUGUCUGAGGAACAGAAGUUAGACUGGGCUGACAUUCUCUACUUUUAUACUUCGCCUCUUCAUUUGAGAAAAAUUGGAUUAUGGCCUACAAAAACCAUCUACUUUCAGGGAUGCCUUGGAUGAGUAUUCUAUGGAGGUGAAGAAAUUGUCAAAUCGUCUUCUUGAAUUUAUGGCUAAAAACUUAGGACUUGAUCCUGCAGAGAUGGCAGGAAUGUUAGAGAAUGGAGAUCAAUCUGUGAGGAUA